AUGGCCAAAAUUGAAAAUUUUAACAAGGAUCUUAAUGAACUCAAUGAAGAUGAAUGGAUUUCAAUCAAUAAUGAUAUCGAUGAUUUAUUAAAAGGAUCUUAUAAAGACGAUGGACGAAUAAGUUCAAAGGAAAAACAAUUAUUUCAUAAAUUAGGAUUGACCAAAGAAUAUUGUAUUCUGAUGAUUGGUUAUGUUAAUACCAGAAGAUUUAGAUUUAAUAGUCAUAAAAUCAUGCAAAUAAUACGACAAGAGCAAGAAUCAAGACAAUCCAGAGUUAAUUAUUUAGAUCAAGAAUUGAAAAUGGCAUUAGGUGAAGAAGAAGACAAGCAACCUGAUAAAUCAUUCUUUGAUAUGCAACAAUACCCUAACUUCACAAUAACUCCGUUCUUUGAUAUUCCAACCACAACCCCCAUGUCAGCAACAGAAAACUUACAGCCAACCAAGUCAUUUUCGGACCUCAACUCUAUGGAUGGAGAGCACUAUCAAGGAUAAACAUUUGCAGCAUCUUUUUCUCUUUGUUCUGUAAAUUUAUUUUUUUUUUGUCUUUUUUUUUUUAGUUCCUUUUCUUUUUCGUCUUCAUUAAACUUUCCCAGGCUUUGUUCUUUCUGCUGUACCUGUACCACUAAACUUUAAUUUCGUACAAGACAAAAACCAUUAGCAAUACAUAAGUAAUGAAAUGAUAAAGGCAAUGUCCUGUAGGCGUAGCGGCGAGUAAGUGCGAUUUUGACUCAUUUCUCGGGGUAGACGCUUUGAGUGAUACAUUCAGU